UAUUUCAUUACAAAACACAUCAAUCAUACCAUAUGAUCAUUGCACCAUCUCUCUAAGAUUUUUAUUACGUCGAUCAAAGAUUUUAAUUUUCUUUCUUUAUUUUCCAUUUUGGUAUGUUACAGAAAAAAAUCAACAAUGGGAGCGUACAAAUCCGACGACGACUACGAUUAUCUCUUUAAACUAGUCUUGAUCGGAGAUUCCGGCGUCGGAAAAUCCAACCUGUUGUCUCGAUUCACCAGAAAUGAGUUCAGUAUCGAGUCAAAGUCUACCAUCGGUGUCGAGUUCGCCACAAGAAGCGUUCAUGUCGACGAGAAAACCAUCAAAGCUCAGCUUUGGGACACCGCCGGUCAAGAAAGAUAUAGAGCAAUCACGAGUGCAUACUACAGGGGAGCAGUAGGUGCUCUUCUAGUGUACGACAUAACUAGACACGUAACGUUCGAGAACGUUGAGCGAUGGCUGAAGGAGCUUCGUGACCAUACCGAUGCCAACGUGGUGAUCAUGCUUGUUGGAAACAAAGCUGAUCUUCGUCACCUACGUGCUGUUCCCACGGAAGAAGCUAGAUCUUUCUCUGAAAGAGAGAAUAUGUUCUUUAUGGAAACUUCUGCUCUUGAUGCUACAAAUGUUGAGCAAGCUUUCACUCAUGUCUUGACUCAGAUCUAUCGUGUUAUGAGCCGUAAAGCUCUUGAUGGCACUGGAGAUCCAACAUCUUUGCCUAAAGGACAGACCAUUGAUAUUGGAAACAAGGAUGAUGUUACUGCUGUUAAGUCCUCUGGUUGUUGCUCAGGUUAAGAUUUUAUUGUUUUUGUUAAUUUCUGUAAACUGUUUUUGGAGGGAGGUUUUGGUUUCUGGAUUGGUUGUAUCUGAAUUUAUAUUUUUGAGAGGGCUAUGGUUUAAUGUUGGUUUUGCAACAUAAACCGAAUUUAUAUUGAAAUGAACAAGAUUUUUUUUCCGGUUGAAAA